AAAGUUUUUUUUAGAGAUGACAUUUGAAACUAUACAUUACGCAAUAAAUACAACACAUUGGAAUAUUUUUGUUUUUAAUUUUAGUGUUUUAUUAAUAAAUAAUGGAACGUGUUAUGUAUAUCAAUAGUUUAGUUAGUAAUAAAAAUCGCCUUUUAUUUCGGCUUCCAAUUUACCAAUACGUAAUUGGGGAAAGAAAUUUUAGUGCGUUGAGGAACUGUAGUUCAGCUUCAAGGCGAAAUUUGUUAUUUAAUAAUAUUAUUUGCCGGCAAAAAAGUUCAACACUCGACGAAAACAUACAAAAAAAUACUAAGCCAAUAACACAGAGGAGAAUAAAAAUUAUUCGAACAGAACAAACGAAUGUUACACAGCUAACUGAUGCAACAUUCAAUAACCAAAUAAAGCGGCCGUUAAAAUUGAUGUCACGUGUUAAUUUACCACGAUUUGUCAAUGAUACAGCAAACUCAAAUCAAAAUGAAAAUUCACAAAUGUUGUCUCUGAAUGAAGAACCAGUGAUAUAUAUACCCGAAAGUUUUAAAACAAAAUUGCAGAACAAUACGGAACUAAUACACAAAUUUAUGGACAGUUUUGAAAAAUUUGUUAAAGCUGUACCGCCACCAGAAGAAAGAAUUAAGAAAUCUAAAUUACCAGUGAACCAAGAAGAUUCAGAUCUUCAAAAACAGUUUGAUUCAUUUGACCAUGAAAAGCAUUUGCAUGCGUCAUUGACUCAAAAUUUAAGGUGUUAUAUCAAUGCGUGUAUUAGUGAAAAUCUUACGGAUCGUGCAUUUGCCGUUUUAAAAUCGAUCAGAGCAAGUAAUCACAUUGAAAAACGCGAAUAUACGCUGAAAGAUUCCAUAUUGUACAUUGAUUUAAUGGCUAAAUAUGCUGAAAUGGUUAAAUGGUCUAGUGUUGAUGAAAUUUAUAAUAUUUUGGUGGCGGAUAAAUUGCCAAUUACACCACAAGCUUAUAUGAACAUUUUCGAUUGCUUGGGUCGCAUGCAAGAGUCAGACAAAAAUUUAACACUAAUCAAACAAUUUGAGAAGAAAGCAGAACAACAGGGUAUUUCGCUGAACGAUAUAAUGGAUAAAUCGACAUUUAUCAAGAAUCAACGAACAUUUGUGUUGCAAGCCAUGCGAAGAAUUCAUCCAUCCUUUGUGCCGGUUUACUCACCGCCACAAUUGGUCUAUUCAAACAAAUUGCUGGACUCUUUGAACGAAGGCAUUCAAAGUAUUGAAGUACCUCCCACAGAAAUGUUGAAAACAGAGAAUAGCCACACAAUCGCAAGACCACGAAGUGGUUUUAGUGCCGAUGAGCUAAAUGAAUACACCGAAGAGCAAAUUAAAAAUGAAAAACAAGGUUACAUCACUGUAAAAAACAUAACAAUGCUGGAUUCAUCAAAAUAUUCAAACGAAAACGUGAUAACCCACCGCGAGAUCCUCGAAAAAUUGACAAAUCAAUGGCGAGCGGAUAUUUUGCAUGCCAUUCGAAGAAAAAUGAGCAUUUCACAGCAUAAAGUGUACAGAAAGUCAACAAAAUUGCUAAACAUUUAUCCGUACAUGCGCCUACUCACACCCGACGAAUACACAGACUUGUUAAUCAAUGAGCUAGAAGCACUGGCAGCUGUCUCUGAUGCGCAUUCGCCGACAGUUUUGCAACUUUACACAGAAUUGGGUGCAAAAGUGAUGAAUCGUUACCACACAAAGUUGCGCGAACAAAAUGGUAUCAAUGAAAAAGUUCGUUCGUUAUAUAAAAUAUAUAGUGAAAUUCUGUGCUCUGGAAAUUGUUCAGACAAUCCGCGACAGUUGUGGCAACGAAUCAUUCAUCAUUCGCGUCAAAGUGGGCCGUGCAUAUUUCAAAAAGAUAUUGUUUGGCCAUGGGGUGUUAAGAUUGACAUUGGUAAAUGGUUGUUUAAAAUUUUAUUAGACGAUAUCAAAAUUGAUGCAAAUAUUUUGAAAACAAAAAAUACACAAACCAAUUAUGUACCCGUGCUAUAUUCAUUGUUUCGAAAUCGGAAUCUACAAAGCUAUGAAGAAAUUCAACCACAUCCAGUUUUUGCAAAAUUAUUGACGGAAUCAAAGCGAGAUACAAUGAUAUUUAAAACAAAUGAAGUGCCAAUGCUUUGUCCACCGAUCCCUUGGACAUCGGGUGAAAAUGGCGGCUAUUUACAAUCACUCACUGUUUUACUGCGAUUGCCGUACAAUUUUACGCAUCAACAUAAUAUGGUGUGUCAAACACCACAAGAACAAUUAUAUCCGCCGUUAGACGCAUGCAAUCAAUUGGGCAGUAUACCUUGGCGGGUGAAUACCACAAUUUUGGACUUGGCUAUUAAAGUAUUCAAUCUUGGGGGUAAUAAUAAGCUUGAUGUGCCGUUGACGCCAGACGAUAUGGUAACAGAUGAACAUCUUCGAUAUCGCGGAAUUACAUGGAAACAAUUUGAAAAUAUGAAAAUUGAAAAUAUUGAUAAAUACAAAAAACAACAAAAUGAAUUGCUCAGCGUGUACACUGACACUUUGUAUAAAUUAUCAUUGGCGAAUCAUUUUCGAGAUCGAGCAAUUUGGUUACCAACAAAUUUAGAUUUUAGAGGAAGAAACUAUCCAGUGCCUCCACAUUUAACACAUCUAAGUGCUGAUUUGACGCGUUCAAUGCUGUGUUUCUAUCAAAAACAACCACUGGGUGAAAAUGGAUUAGAUUGGCUGAAAUUACAUUGCAUCAAUUUAACGGGAUUAAAGAAACGAGCAUCGGUCCACGAUCGUUUGCUCUAUGCCAAUGAAAUCAUAGACGACAUAAUCGAUUCGGCUGAUAACCCAUUGGAUGGACGUCAAUGGUGGUUGAAUUCUGAUGAUCCUUGGCAAACACUAGCUGCAUGCAUGGAAAUAGGCAGUGCAAUGCGUUCGCCGAAUCCAGCUGAAUACAUGAGUGGCCUUCCAAUUCAUCAAGACGGUUCAUGUAAUGGUUUGCAGCACUACGCGGCAUUGGGUCGCGAUGAAUAUGGAGCGAUUAGUGUAAAUCUCGCACCAUCGAAUGUGCCACAAGAUGUUUAUUCGACCGUAGCAAAUCGAGUUGAAGAGCUUCGCCAGAUUGAUGCUGAAAAUGGUGUGAAAGUAGCAAUCGAAUUGGAGGGACUAAUCAAACGGAAAAUAGUCAAACAAACCGUAAUGACAACAGUUUACGGUGUCACAACAUUCGGUGCUACACUACAGAUUAAAAAGCAAUUGAAAAACAUUGAUUUUCCAUCCGAUCAAUUGAAGGUCGCAUCGUUUUAUUUGAUGCAGAAAACGUUUUUAUCAUUAUCGGAAAUGUUUAAAUCGGCACGUGAAAUUCAAGAUUGGCUCACCGAUAGUGCUCGUCUUAUAUCCGACAAAAUUCGAAUGCAACAUGUCGAAUGGACAACACCAUUGGGUUUACCGAUAAUACAGCCAUAUAUUAAGGAGAAUAAACUAACAUCAAAAGCGACAAUUAAGUCCAUAAUUAAUUCGAAAAUGGUUGUUAAUGCAAUCAAAGAGAAAAAUGGCUUUCCACCAAAUUUCAUUCACUCGCUGGACGCAUGCCACAUGAUGUUGACGGCAUUGAAUUGUGAAAGGGCUGGCGUGACAUUUGUGAGUGUGCAUGACUGUUUUUGGACACAUCCUAGUACAGUGCCGAUUAUGAAUCAGAUAUGCCGCCAACAAUUUAUUUUACUACACUCACAACCCAUUCUAGAGGAUUUAGCCGAAGCAUUUUAUCAGAAAUAUGUAGUAGAAUUCAAUGAAAAGCAACAAAAAGAGACGAAUAAAACGAAAAAUAGAGGCAACAAAAAAAAAGAGGGCUGAAGAAAAAGUUGUUCCCAAGCACGAGCAUAAAUUCAUGCAAAUUCCGAAAAAGGGUGAAUUUGACUUAAACAGUGUGAAAGACUCGACAUACUUUUUCAGUUAAAUGAACUUGAA